UUGAAAGGUACUCCGCACUCGGACAACAACAAAUAUUGGACUUAGAGCAAAACAUCUGCAACAAAAUGACAAAAGAACGUGUGGAUGAAUAUCAGCCUCUGCUCGUUAAAGGACCAGACAGACAGCGACCAAAGUAUCCAAACAAGUCUCUUUUUCUGGCUGUGUGUGCUGCUUGUAUCGGAGGAACCUUUCAAUAUGGAUAUAACAUAUCUGUCAUCAAUGCACCCACACAGUAUGUGCAGGAUUUUAUCAACCAAACCUGGAGGGCGCGUUACCAAACUGGCAUAUCAGGAGAUGUCCUCACCCUUCUCUGGUCCACUAUUGUGUCUAUGUUCACCUUAGGAGGAUUUUUAGGAGUAACCAUCGGUGGGACGUUGUCUGUUAAGCUGGGCAGGAAAGGGACACUGCUGGCCAAUAACAUAUUUGCAUUAAUGGCUGCUCUGCUGAUGGGUCUGAGCUACCCUGCAGGAGUAUUUGAGUUGCUCAUUAUCGGACGUCUUUUCACUGGAAUAAAUGCAGGCAUCGCCCUCUGUGUUCAGCCUCUGUAUCUGGCUGAAAUUGCCCCGACUUCAAUACGUGGAGCUAUGGGAAUGGGAACCUCGGUUUUCAUCACUGGUGGGAUCUUGACCGGACAAGUGAUCGGCCUCAAAGAGCUCCUGGGCAGAGAGGAGUACUGGCCCAUCCUGCUCUCCACAACUUGCAUCCCAGCGUUCCUGCAGCUCCUGAUCCUGCCCUGGUUCCCGGAGAGUCCACGCUACCUGCUCAUCGACAAAGGAGACGAAGAAGGUUGUAAGAAAGCCCUGAAGCAGCUGCACGGCAUGGCUGCGUGUGACGAUGAACGGGAGGAUAUCGAGAAGGAGAAGAAUAACUUGACAGGUUUGCAAGCCAAGAAACCAUGGGAGCUGUUUACUGACCGCAGUUUACGCUGGCAGCUUCUCACCAUCGUUGUGCUCAACAUUGCACAACAGCUGAACGGCAUCAAUGCUAUUUACUUCUACGCAGAUUACGUGUUCAGACAAUCAGGCAUUCCCGUUGAUAAAAUCCCAUAUGUGACUGUCGGCACCGGUGCCUGUGAAUGCAUCACAGCUUUGACAUGUGGAAUGCUCAUUGAAUGUCUGGGAAGGAAAGUGCUCAUCACAGGCGGAUACACACUGAUGUGCAUCUGCUGCAUUUUAUUCACACUGACGCUCACUUUCCAGGAUGUCAGCCCAAUUUUCCCAUACUUGAGCAUGGCGUGUGUUUUUGCUUUUAUCUUGAGUUUUGGCUUAGGACCAGGUGGCGUGACCAACAUCUUAACCACUGAGCUGUUCACACAAAACACGCGCCCUGCAGCGUACAUGAUUGCAGGAUCAGUGAACUGGUUGAGCUUUUUCUUCAUCGGCAUGAUCUUCCCCUUUAUUGUGCUCGGCCUGAAGCAGUACUGUUUCCUGGUCUUCUUGGUCGUCUGCUGCUCGGUGGGAACGUACAUUUUCCUUGUUGUUCCUGAGACCAAGAACAAAACCUUCCUGGAAAUCCAGAACGAGUUCCUGUCGUCCAACAAGAGAAAGGCGUGCAGUUCUGAUGGAGCAGGGACAACACUGUUAUCGACUUCUAUAUAAAACGUACCUCAUGAUUCGGGUUGAUCGACUGAAGCCUCUUUGUCUCCCACAAUAUGUAUGUCACAAAGAUAAUUAAUGAGGAUUGGUAGUUCACACAUGACACAACAUAUCUAUGAUGUAGCGUAGCAAUGAAUUACGCUGUGCACAACUUCUGGUGCAAGCCCUCAUACCAUCACACAUUGACCACUGCAGCUCCUUACUGGUGGGCCUCCCCGCAUCCACGGUCAAACCUCUGCAGAUGAUCCAGAAUGCAGCAGCACAUCUGGUUUUCAACCAGCCAAAAACAGCACGUCACUGUUCAGAUCACUUCAGUGGUUUCUAGUGGCUGCCCGCAUCAAAUUCAACACUACACAAAACUACAAUGCGAACAGUUCCCUUCUACCUGAAGUCUCUCAUUUGGAUCUACACUCCCUCUCGCUCACUACGCUUGACCAGCAAAAGCUGCCUGAUACAACCACCUCAACGGGCCUGAGGUCAAUAGCUGGACUCUUCUCCUCUGUGGUGGA